AUGGCCAGAUAUGCUAAGGACCAGCCGGCCGGCUUCACCAACUUUAUUGAGAGAGUGGCAGUUGUCGGCGCCGGCGGUACAAUCGGUUCUCACAUCGCGAACGCACUCCUACAAACUGGCAAACAUACUGUAACCGCCCUGACUCGUCGGGGAAGCACCACUAAUCUUCCAGACGGCAUUAUUGUCGCCCCGAUCGACUAUAGCGACGAAUCAACACUCAUCGCUGCGUUGAAGAACCAGCAAUUCCUCAUCAUAACAUUAGCUCCAAAUGCUCCCAAGGAUACACAUAGAAAACUUGUCCAAGCAGCCGCUAAAGCUGGCGUACCUUACAUCAUGCCUAAUGGCUACGCUGGUGACAUCGAACAGGUCAAGCUUGGGGAAGAUACUCUCCUUGGACCGAUAGCCAAAGCCAACAGGGAUGCGAUCGAGAGGCUUGGUAUGAAGUGGAUUACUGUUUGUUGCGGGUUCUGGUUCGACUACAGUCUUGCUGGCGGCGAGAGUCGUUUCGGAUUUGACUUUGACAACAAGUCACUUACGCUUUAUGACGAUGGCAAUGUGAAGAAUUCGACUUCUACGCUUACACAAGUUGGGAGGGCUGUUGCGAGGGUUCUGAGCUUGAAAGAGCUGCCCGAUGAUGAUAAUGAUCUCACCGUUUCGAGUUUCUUGAACAGGGCUAUUUACUUGAACAGCUUCGUCGUCAGCCAGCAAGACCUGUUUGAGAGUGUCAAGCGUGUCACGGGUACUUCUGACACUGACUGGACUGUUACUCACCAGUCAAGCAAGCAGAGGUAUAAAGAGGGUAUGGCGCAGGUCAAGCGAGGGGACAUGUCUGGCUUCAGCAAGUUGCUAUACGCCAGGGCUUUCUUCCCAGAUGAUCCGAGUGACCUGUCUGCGAAAGCGCAGAAUGAGCUUCUUGGCUUGCCGGAAGAGGAUUUGGAUGAAGCUACGAGGGAUGGGAUUGCUUUCGUUGAGGUCCUGAAAGGUCGCGGUGAACGCAUGAAGCAUUAG